AUGUGGCAAGAGCAGAGUAAGGGACAAGCUCAUCCACCUGAUGAUGUUUUGCGAUCAGAAAAUGGAAAAGUAAAAACGUUGUUUUUGCCAAAAAACAGGACAGCAUUAAUUAAACCGAUAGAUCAGGGCAUCAUAGAAGCAUUUAAGACCCAUUAUGGCCGUGAACAGUUCACUUUAAUAGUAAAUUCAGAUGAGGAAAUGGAAAUGUUUCUGAAAUCUGUAAAUCUUAAGACUGUUAGCUAUUCAGAAGGUCUGGAGUGGGAAAGUGUCGGUACAACCACUAUUAGUAACUGCUGGAACAUAUGUUCCGUUGAAGAAAAUGUAACAGAUGAACACUGUAGCGACACAGAUUUCAACAGCAGUGUGCAUGACUUGAACCGGUGGGUAGUCGUCGCCAACAAAGAACCGAUUUCUGAAGUCAUAUACGACAAGGACAUUGUUGAUGCUGUUCGAAAAAAGAGUAGUGAAGCAGUCUACGAUGAGGAUGAUUAA